UCUGUUUAAACGGAUUUUUAACCCCUCUGUUGGCUGCCUUUGUCUCGUCCUAUUGUCGUAAUCUUGAUUCAUUUAUUGACAUUGUGGACUGGUCGGCUACGACGUUCGUGUCACACAUUAUCUGCAUAAGGACUAAAUUUGAAUUGCUGAACCGUGAAGUUGAAUGCAUUACACACUGCUGUCCCGUCACCGACCCAGUACCACGCGGAUACGAUUGCCUGGUGAGACCUCCAUUAUGUUCCCGUAUGUGAUGGUGACGAGUUUGGCUUUUUGUCGCAACACUGUGUGAAUAUCUUCAUUUAUUGUGGUAUUACUUCUACUUGCUGUGUCAUUUUGCUUGAUGCAUCUGCGAGUACCGGUAUUGAGAGAAGCUUUUCAAGUGCAAGUAGCAUAAUCUCCGUGUGCACAUCUAUCAACAUUAUUUUCGUCGACAGAUUCUGGAUCUUAAUGUACAUUGGCCGGAUUCUUUUUAUCUAUUUGUCGUAAACAAGACGAGCGUCGACAUGCAAGUGAUAGGUUUAAGUCUGGUCACUAUGCUAGCAGCUAGCUACCUUUCUGCUGCCGCUACAUUCAAGUUGACCAUCUUGCACACCAACGAUGUGCACGCCCGGUUCGAACAAUUCGACGGUUAUGGAGGUGAGUGUAGCCGGAAGGAAUCGGAUGAUGGGCAAUGCUUCGGUGGCGUGGCGAGGCGAGUUGCUAAGAUUGAUCAGAUACGGGCUGAGGAGGAGAACGUUCUGUUGCUUGAUGCAGGGGACCAAUUCCAGGGAACCAUGUGGUUCUAUGUGUAUAAAGGAGAAGCUACUUCGUACUUCAUGAACAUGGUUGACUACGAUGCUAUGGCACUUGGGAACCAUGAGUUUGAUAAUGGCCCGGAAGGACUGAGUAAGUUCUUAGAGGAUGUCCAUUUCCCGGUACUGAGCUCCAAUAUCAACGCCAGCUUGGAACCGUCCAUCAAUGGCUUGUUUAACAAGAGUACAAUCAUCACUGUUGGAGACCAGAAAAUUGGUGUUGUUGGAUAUACGUACAUGCGUACCCCAGAAAUUUCCACCACUGGGAAGCUAAAAUUCACUGAUGAAGUUAAAGCGAUCCAGGUCGAGGUUGAGAGACUGCGUGCAGAGUAUGGUAUCAACAAAAUAAUCGCUGUGGGCCAUUCUGGGUAUGAUGUGGACUUAACGAUCGCUAAGAAGGUUCAAGGGCUGGAUGUCGUGGUGGGAGGUCACACUAAUACCUUUCUGUACACUGGUACUGCGCCCUCAACAGAGCAGCCUGAAGGUGAGUACCCGACACUUGUCCACCCAGACAACGAUCCUACUGCUAACGUGUUGGUAGUACAGGAUUACACCCUUGCCAAAUAUCUCGGGCGCCUCGAUGUCACGUUUGACGAGGACGGUAAAGUAACAGAAUGGAGUGGUAAUCCAAUACUCCUGGACAAAACCGUAACACAAGACACCAAGGUUCUUGAGGACAUAGAAGUGUGGGCAGAAUCAGUGCGAAACUACUCCAACGUUUAUCUCGGUAGCUCUCACGUAUUCCUUAACGGGAGCUGUCGGUUGGACGAAUGCAACCUUGGUAAUUUCAUCACUGACGCCUACGUAAGACAGGAAGUAAAGUUCCCAGAUGAACUUAGGUGGAAUGACGUCAGUAUUGCGAUCGUAAAUGGCGGGAGCAUCCGGACUUCAUUAUAUCAAGGUGAUUUGACUGUCGGCGACAUCCUAACAGUCUUACCAUUCGGCAACACAAUUGACACCAUAACGAUUAAAGGUGUUUAUUUGCUGGAAGCUCUGGAGAAUUCUGUGGCUGAAUACGACCCCGUGGUGAGACCAGGAAGGUUCUUGCAGUUUUCAGGGAUGAUAGUGAGUUAUGACCUGUCGAAACCCCCUGGGAGGCGGGUUGUUAAGGCUGAGGUUCGUUGUACAGAAUGUGAAGUGCCAGAAUUCGUACCUCUUGACCCGGACAAGGUGUACAAGAUUGUCCUGCCAUCGUUUCUUGUCAGUGGUGGGGAUGGCUACUCCAUGAUACGGGAUAACGUCAUCGAACAUAACUAUGGUAACUUGGAUUCCAGCGUUGUGAGUGAAUACAUAGAGAUGAUGACCCCACUGACACCUGGUCUGGAACGAAGAAUCCUAUUCGUCGACUCAUCAGAAAAUCCUUGUAAGGGAGCAGCUAGUGAGAAUCGACCUCUUUUAGCUGUCCGGUUUUUGUUGGGUGCUUUUCUGAUUUUCUUUUCCAUCUUGUAGUUUGAAAACUAGACUUGCUUCAGGAAAACAUCUGACUUGUAUACUUGAACAUCGCUCUCUCUCAGAAUAUUUAAGCAGUUAGUGUAGUGUUAUUGUAAAAGAGUUUAUAGUGGCGUACUACGAAGGUACAUUCCCUCCCCCAGUGGAAGUCUGCGCCCCUAUAUGUCCCCUCUCUCCAGUCAGAAAUUUCAAAAUACCUGUAUACAUAGCUUAUGUACAAGCCCCCUUUAAUUUGCUAGGAGUGUCCGCUUGAAAAAAAAUAUAUGCACUCCUUCGUGCAACCUCAUAAAAUUCACUGGUGAUUAUGGAUUUUGUAUUAUUUAUUGUGGAAUGUUCAAGACAGAAGUUCAAGUUUCGUUAUGUCUGUUUGUCUGUCUGUUUUCAUGAGUAUAGUGGGGGUAUAAAGUGCCAAUAAGCAAUGCAACUCCAACCCCGUAAAGGCAGCAGAUUAAAUGUGGUGCACUUGCGACUUUAUUUUAAUAAACAUGUAGAUACGUAUAUUUCCAAAGGCCAAUUUAUAAAUUAAAAACAACAUUUCUCAAGUGUCAGUCUGUGCAUAAACGCCGUAUGAUAACUAAGAUUUGUGAUAAAACAUGACGUAUAUCAGGACAAGCUAAUUUAUGUUAUUUGGCGAGCUUUGAGAAAUUAGAAGCAGCCGUAAUGAUGUGCCAGUGCAUUCGUACGCAGGUGGUAUUUCUCUUGAGAAGGCACCCAUGAAUCCAUUUCUAAGCGUUUAUUAUCUUCAGUGGCGUAAAUUUGUGCCGGAAAUCGGGGGGAUGGGCGUUGGUGAAGGUGUGGGGGGAUGACUUGCCUGGCCAUAAAAAUAUGAAAGGGGUAGAGACACUAUACUCUAUAUAGAGGGUCGAUGUUUAUGAUAUUGAUGAACGUACGUCUGUAAUGUGUAUUCAGAAUGACAUAUUUAUGGCUCCUUUUAAUUGUUUCCCUUUUGGAGUGAUAUUGAAUGCCUUUUAGUCGUUGGAAAUCUGAAAAAUUCUUCACAAUCCGAUUUGAGAUUCUGCUCACCACGAAUAUGGGGGAAUUAUUCCAUAGCCCAUUUCCACUAUAUGAUGCUCAGUGCAUGUGGGCUGUCACGCAUGUGGCCUUGAACUUUGAAUGACCGUCACAACAAAACCAUAUAUCUGAUUAUGUUCAAACGUCACCUUUUUGAGGAAAAGGUAGGUGCUCGGAUUCUUUGAAGACACAUUUUAGAGGAGAAAAACAACCAAAAAAAGCCUUUUCUAUGGUAUCAAAACAAAUAAGGGUCUUCAAGAACACACACACAAAAAAAGAAAAAGCGGUAUCCCUUACCACUAACGUUAGUAGCUGACGACGGGGGACUUCUGUAGGACAGUGGGGCAAUUUAUUGUUUUUAACACUUAGGGCCAGAGGUGGAAGCAAGUCAUUUUUUUCGCAAGUCCAAGUCAAGUCACAAGUCUUUAGCAAGUCGAAGUCAAGUCAAAAGUCAUUAGG